GUUACUCACCAACCCAAACCCAACACCAACCAACACCCAACAGAGUUUGAAGUGGUGGGAGUCUGGGCGGGCCGUGUCGGUUAAUCAUGCAAAGAUGAUUUUAAGCGCCCCCAUAUUUAGUUUUCUUCUCUGCGGCUUCUUUUUGUUAAAUUCUGUCUUGGCAGAUUAUACCUACUAUGAAUGCAACCAACCUCUACUAUCUAGAGCAAAGCUCACAGCAACUUCUUCGAUGCGGGAAAGAGGGCCUGAAAAAGCCAAGCUGAACAGCGAGCACGCAUGGGUUCCUGAGGAUGACACCUACUACCAUUAUCUGACAUUCGAGUUCUCAGACCGAAUGGAAGUCCACGCCAUUGGAACUAAAGGACAACAUGCAACAGAAAAUUUUGUCACGGAGUACAGUCUCCAAUACAGUGAUGACAACCAAGCCUGGCGGAAUAUCAUUAGCUCUGUUGGAGAGACAGAGAUGUUCAAAGGCAAUCGGGAUACAGAUACCAUUAGACGUAAUUCAUUUGACAUUCCCAUAAUUGCCCAAUGGAUCAGAAUCAAUCCAACAAGAUGGAACAACCGCAUUUCAAUGAGGGUUGAACUGUAUGGAUGUGAAUAUGAGUCAGAUGUUUUAUCUUUUAAUGGUACUUCACUUGUCACAUGGGACUUGCAGCGGGACCCAUUGUCAGCUAUUAAAGAAUCAAUUCGGUUCCGCUUUAAAACCAAUCAAGCUAAUGGAGUUGUGAUGUACAGCCGUGGCACUCAAAAUGAUUAUUUUGCAAUGCAGAUGAGGGAGAACCGUAUGCUGCUCAAUAUUAACCUCGGUUCUGGAUUAAUGACUAGCUUAUCUGUUGGCUCCCUUCUUGAUGACAAUAUCUGGCAUGAUGUUGUUUACUCUCGGUACAAAAGAGAUAUUGUUUUUUCUGUUGACCGAGUUGCUAUCAGAAGCAAAGUUAAAGGAGAGUUUCUGCGUCUUGAUUUAAACCAAGUUUUCUAUAUUGGCGGUAUACCCAACAAGCAAGAAGGACUUAUGGUUAACCAAAACUUUACGGGUUGUAUUGAAAACUUAUAUAUGAACUCAACAAACCUUGGACAUGAAAUGAAAGUUGAAAGGGAAUAUAGUUACAGCUACUCUGCACCUCGCUACUAUUCUCAGCAUGUAUUAUUUAGUUGCAUUGAAAGACCCAUAGUACCAGUUACUUUUCUGACUACUACAUCUUAUGCAAAGCUCACUGGGUAUGAGGGUGUUCAGUCAUUGAAUGCAACCUUUUCCUUUAGGACGUAUGAGCCUGAUGGUCUUUUACUAUACCAUGCCUUCACGGCUGGAGGAUUUGUAAAGUUAUUCCUCGAAUAUGGAAAAGUUAAAGUACAAAUUGAAACUAAUGGUAACCCACGGGCUACUCUUGAUAACUAUGAUGUUCAAUUUAACGAUGGACGUUGGCAUGAUGUUGUCUUAACAGUCUUGAGAGAUCUAUUAAUCCUUAGCAUUGACAAUCAGCCAAUGCGAACGUCUAGGCUCUUAAGAAUGGCUACUGGUCUUCACUAUUUUAUUGGUGGGGGUGUAUAUGGAACUCCAGGUUUUGUUGGAUGCAUGCGCAAAAUAAGCAUAGAUGGAAAUUAUAAGCUUCCAACUGAUUGGAAAGAAGAGGAGUACUGUUGCAAGAAUGAAGUGGUGUUUGAUGCUUGUCAGAUGAUAGAUCGUUGCAAUCCUAAUCCAUGUAAACAUAAUGGAUUUUGCCGGCAAGAUUCUCAUGAAUUUUUCUGUGAAUGUGCUGGUACUGGGUACACCGGUGCUGUUUGUCACACCUCUUUAAAUCCACUGUCGUGUGUGGCAUAUAAGAACACUAACCCGGUCGGCCAAACAGCAGACAUAAAUAUUGAUGUAGAUGGAAGUGGUCCUUUGGCACCUUUUCCCGUCACAUGUGAAUUUUAUGCUGAUGGACGAAUAUUGACUGUUGUCAAGCACAACAAUGAAAAUCCUACUUCAGUUGAUGGCUUUCAAGAACCUGGCAGUUAUGUCCACAAUGUAAUCUAUGAUGCAGAAAUGACUCAAAUUGAAGCACUCAUUAAUAGAUCCAGCACUUGUCGGCAAAGAUUACACUACGCCUGCAAAAAUUCUAAGCUUUUGAAUUCUCCUUCACUGCCUAACAUGCCAUUCCGACCAUUUUCCUGGUGGGUUUCCCGCUCAAAUCAAAGGAUGGAUUAUUGGGGUGGUGCUCUGCCUGGUUCUCGUAAAUGUGAAUGUGGAGUUUUGGGCACAUGCCGGGAUCCUACAAAGUGGUGUAACUGUGAUGGAAUUCGACUUAACAGUGCUGGUCAACAUGAAGAUUGGUCAGAGGAUGGAGGAUUCCUUACUCAGAAGGAGUACCUUCCUGUAAAGCAGUUACGCAUUGGAGAUACUGGCAAUCCUGUUGAUGAUAAGGAAGGGCGUUUUACUUUAGGUCCCCUGUAUUGUGAAGGAGAUGACUUGUUCAGCAAUGUUGUUACUUUCCGAAUUGUUGAUGCUACAAUUGACUUGCCCACGUUUGACAUUGGUCACAGUGGUGAUAUCUACUUUGAAUUCAAGACUACUAUUGAGAAUGCUGUGAUAUUGCACAGCAAGGGUCCCACAGACUACAUUAAAAUUUCUAUAAUAGGUGGAAACAAAUUACAAUUUCAAUAUCAGGCAGGUGGAGGUCCCCUAGGUGUGAGCGUUGAAACAGCCUACAAAUUAGUGGACAACCGGUGGCACUCAAUUUCUGUUGAACGCAACAGGAAGGAGGCUCGCAUUGUUGUUGAUGGCGCUCUGAAAGCCGAAGUCAGAGAGCCACCAGGCCCUGUGCGUGCCCUUCAUCUUACUUCACCCUUAGUUCUUGGAGCAUCUGUUGAUUAUCGGGAUGGUUUUGUUGGCUGCAUUAGAGCUAUGUUACUCAAUGGUCAACUCCAGGAUUUGAGGAGGGUUGCCCAAUUUGGAUUGUAUGGCGUCAGCCCUGGCUGUGUUGGUAAAUGUGAGAGCAAUCCAUGCUUAAACAAUGGAACAUGUACUGAGCGGUAUGAUGGAUAUCAUUGUGACUGCCGUUGGACAGCUUUCAAAGGACCCAUUUGUGCUGAUGAAAUUGGUGUCACCAUGCGGAAAAGUUCGAUGAUAAAGUACGAUUUCAUGGGUAGCUGGCGCUCAACAAUCUCAGAACGCAUUCGUGUUGGUUUCACCACAACAAACCCGAAAGGAUUUCUGCUUGGCUUUGCCUCUAAUAUUACAGGAGAAUAUUUGACCAUCAUGGUAUCAAACAGCGGUGUUUUACGUGUUGUAUUUGACUUUGGUUUUGAAAGGCAGGAACGUUUCUUUGAGGGGAAGCAUUUAGGGCUUGGACAAUACCAUGAUGUGCGAAUCAGUAGAAAGAAUGGUGGUUCAACUCUUGUGAUGCAGGUUGACAAUGAAAUUAAAGAAUUUAACUUCUCAGUCAAGGGAUCUGCUGAUGCCCAAUUUAAUAAUAUUCAGUACUUGUACAUUGGUCGCAACGAGUCAAUGAAUGAAGGCUUUGUUGGAUGCAUAUCUCGAGUCGAAUUUGAUGAUAUUUACCCUCUCAAGCUGCUUUUCCAAGAAAGGGGGCCAGGGAAUGUCAGGUCUCUUGGACCACCUGAUAGCACGCCCGAAGAUUAUUGUGGAGUUGAACCAGUUACCCACCCGCCUUACAUCCCAGAAAUAAGACCGCCUCCUCUAUUAGAUGAUGAUAAAGUUCGGAAAGCAUAUACUAGAACAGAUUCAGCAAUAUUAGGUGGUGUAUUAGCUAUUAUAUUUAUUGCUCUUGUAAUCAUGGCAAUUAUACUGGGUCGAUUCUUGGCAAGACACAAAGGAGAGUAUCUAACCCAAGAAGACAAAGGUGCACAUUACGCUAAUGACCCAGAUUCUGCAGUUGUCCAAGGAGAAAGAGGACACCAGGUGACAAAACGGAAGGAGUGGUUCAUUUAAAUAUCCUAUGCACUAGUAGUUGGAAACUCCUUCCACCUCUAUUAUCAAAUUGACUCCAUGUACCCCUCAUGUGAGUGUUUUUCUUAAGUUACCUUUCUGUUUAUUUUAUAGAGAGCAUUUGAACUCAUAGUAAAAGUGGUAAAAAAUAUUCAAAAUUUUUUAAAAAUUAUGUUUUAAAUGAUAUUUUUUUUUCUUUUUGUCUUCUUUGGAAAGCAAGUCCCCUUGUUUAAUUCUGUGGGACUUUGAAAAUAUUGUGAUGUUAGGGUCAUUAGACUUUAAUCCCCAGUUAUCAUCAAUGCAAGAUUUCUGCGUAAUGCAUUUCAAAGUACACUGUAUUUAUUCAACAAUUCCAAGCCGCACCUCAAAUUUUGCCAGGGUGUCAUGGGAAAAAAUCCCUCAAGACCCCUGUCAAAAAGAACUCAAUUCUAAGCCAAACCCCAACUUUAGGGUUUUUGAAAUCUAUAAAAGGGUUGCAGCUUAGAAUUGAAUAAACACAGUAUUCUAUUCCCAACAAUGAAGCUUUCUAAACUAGUCUUUUACAAUCUUUUAAGCUCAGUUGUGAUGGAUCUGAGCUGGCUACCUAACAAGGUUGGUUGCUUCUCUCAAAAUUUAAAUAUCUUCAUGCUGUUGAACCCUGACACUUACUAAAGUUUGCAGGUUUGUUUUCAUAAAUGUCUUCACUCCAAGUGUUCAUUUAUUGUUCUAUAUGUUCCCUUAGGAUAAAACAAUGCACCAGUGCAUUUCUAUAGAUUGAAUAUUUAAAAUAUUUUCUGCACUUCACUGUGUCUUCCCAGAAUGCUUGAGGAUUAGAGUUUGUUUAUGAAUCAAGAAUCUUUAACACAAAGAUCUGGAUUCACAUUCUAGGUUUAAUUUGUUAACGUUGAAGAAAAAUCUAAAUGCCAUUUAUGUUAUUUUUUUUGCAGUUUCUUGUACAUACAGUUUAUCAUUUUUUAGUUCUUUUGAAUUGCUGUUUGAGGCAUUACAACUGCCAUAGUAGGUCAAGUUAUGAUUCUCAAAAGAAGAUUUUUCACUAAUCAACUGUAAACAGGACAAUGCACCAUUUCAUUACCAGAAGGAAUUACUUGUUCCCCUGACUCAGACUUGCCAUGAAAUAUGUUGGCCUAAAUGUCCUUAUUGUCUCUCCUAUAUUUUGUUUUCCUUUUUAAAAUUGAAUCUAGUGUAAUAGUACAUAAUAGUACAUGGCCCCUACUUAUUGUCAAACAACUCCUUCAACACUUUGUAAUUUUAUACAUUUAUAUUAAACUUGUAUGGGUUCCUCACUUAUAUUUUAUAAUAUCACUUUGUAAUGUUCAUCAAUUUUUUUUGAAUUUUUUGGUAGUUUUUGAUGGUUGUUUUCCUGAGAUUGCCAUGUAUUUAUUAUUGGUUACUUUUGAUGUCAUUUUUCAGAAUGAAGGUUGACUAAAAUUGUGAUUUUUAGCCAGAAGCAGUCCAUUCCAUAUUGUUGCUCGUAUUGGCAUUUAGUCCAUCACAAUAUUCAAGUCGAAAGAAGUGGAGGGAGUAGUGGUCAACCAGAUAUUCGGAGAUAAGUAGACUUGAUUAGUUCCGUCCAUUACCGUUUAGUAUUCACUUAAGACUUGAUAUUAAGAUUUCAUAUAUCAUUUGUCUUUUAUGUUGCCAACGGCAGAGUGUAUUUUUAUUUUUUAAACUUAUUCUUUCUAAAUGAUUGUUUGACAUGGAUAUUGAUAUCAUGCAUGUAAUUCACAGGAUGUGUGCAAAGAGAAUGUAAUGAUUAUAUUCCCUUUCAUUUUUUUAAUUCAUUGAUACAAUGAUCCAUUGUUUAAUUUCAAGUGUUUCUUAAGCGUCAGAGAUUUUUAUUUCACUUCAUUUAUUAAUUAUUAGGUCCCAUUUCUAUUAUGAGAUUAGGCUUAAAGCUACUUUUAAGAACUGUUGGAUCUGUUUAUUUUUUAGUAUCCAUACUUUGUAAAUACUCAUACCAAAUCAUUAUGAUAUUUUGAUAGACAUGGCAUGUUGUUGGCCUACACCACUUUUUCCCGACAGUGAUCUCAUAAAAGUAUGGAAGUAAGUGAGAACACUAAAAAUUGUUUGGUAUUUCUAUAUUGACUUUGCUGGUAUCACAGUAUUUUGUCCUGGAGUUAUAAUAAAAUUGUGGAGUUAUAACAGCUUCAAACUUCUUUA